AUGUAUCGGAAGUUGUCUAAGUUAGAACACUCGGAAAUAAAACAACUUCUUACAGAAGCUAACAUAGAAGUAGCAAAACAUUACGCAACAAACAAAAAAGCACUCGCUGACAUCCUCAAUGACUAUAAUGGUGCAAUAAGUUAUGAUAGAAUUCAUGAGUUCAUAAAGCCGCAACGCGGCGAGGACGAAGUCCAUGCAAGAGCAUUUCCUUUAAAUGACAUUGCUAUUGACUUAUAUCAUAGACGUUCAGUACCUCAUGAAGUAAGAAGAGAAAUGUUUGACAUAACAAAUGCAAACGUUGGUGAAACAAGAAGAAGAGACGACACACUGAAACAACAGAGAAGAGAGAUGUUUAAAACUGCUAUAGAACAAGUUCGCAAAGCUAACGAUGUCAUUCGUUCCAUUGACGACAAACCAAAAGAAGGUGAGAGAUGGUUAAAGAAAGAUGAAGAGAAUAGGAAGAGGAAUGUUAAGACAGGCAAUAGACUCAUUGACUUUAACAUCGAAGCUUUAGAUGAACCAAACAGAGACUACUUACACAAACAUUUCGGUAAGGUUUUCAUGAGACUCUUAGAGAAGAUUAAAAUAAACUCCCAACAAAGAUGGAUGGUAUGUUAUAAACUUGGUGGAAAGUAUGAAUGUUCUACGUUAAACCUCAAUAAUAUUGGAACAUUACUACAUCAGCUCUUGAAGGAGAACUUUAUAUCAGAGAUAGAAGCAAAUGCUGCAGGUAUUGUUGAAAUGCACUAUGACUUCUUCUUGACAAACAUAAAGAAUCUUACCGAAAUAAAGAUGUAUGAUUUAACAGAAUAUGAAGGCUUAACGAUGUCAGAUGUAAAGAAAGGCAAACCAAAAAAGAGA